GAACUCGAAGAAGGAGGAGAGGGCCCUAAAGAGAGCCGCUCCUGGGGCUAAGGAAAGGAAGCGACGUGUGCGGGGCUCGCGGUCCUGGGGACGAGAAGCGGCCGUGAUGGCGUGUCAGGAGAACUCACCUACAGAUACUGCUCCCAUAGCUGCCCCUCUAAGGAGUCCGCGAUUACCCUUCGGCCCCACCUCUUCAAAGUGAUGACUCCGGCACGACAAAAAUCCACUGCCAGAGCAGCCCGAGGCCCCGUGUUAAUUUCCGGAAAGGGGCAUUGUGGGAUGUGAAUUAAAUGCUUGCAUUCUUCCAGGCGCGUGCGACUGGGCCACCUCGACAUGCGCGCGCAAUGUAGGAGAUCCGGAAGCCCGGCUUAAGACUCUUCCUGGGCUUAAAAUGACUGAAGUAAAGCAAGCUGAAGCUCAGCUGUCUGAAUUAGACCUGCUCUCUAGUAUGUUUCCUGAUGAGAAUGAAUUCGUAGUACAUGAUCAUCUGGCUUUAGCAGAACUGAAAGAUUCUGUGGAAAUGAAGACCACAGAAGUUCCAUCUUCAAAAGUUCACUUUACUAUAAAUAUUAAAGUAGAGAUUUCUGAUGAAUCUAUGGUUGUGUUUUCUUUAUCUUGUGCCCUCCCUUUUCAGUAUCCUGCAAUCCUGCCUGAAAUUACUGUCAGAUCGCUGUCAUUGAAUAGAACCCAGCAGGCCCAGCUAAACACAGACCUAACUGCAUACCUUCAAAAAGGAUACUGUGGAGAAGUCUGUAUACUAAAUGCAACAGAAUGGGUUAAAGAUCAUGCAUCAACUUACAUCAAAAGAGAACCCUCAUCAUCUUCCACUACCACCAACACAAAUCCACCUUAUUCAACAGAUGUCAUUUUCACCAGACUUUGGAUCUAUAGCCAUCACAUUUACAACAAACAGAAAAGAAAAUAUAUUCUAGAAUGGGCAAAGGAUCUCUCCCUUUCUGGAUUUAGCAUGCCUGGGAAGCCUGGAGUUAUUUGUGUUGAAGGUUCACAAAGUACAUGCGAAGAGUUCUGGGCAAGAGUCCGAAGAUUAUCAUGGAAGAGAAUUUUAAUUCGCCAUCGAGAGGACGUUACUUUUGAUGGCACACAAGGUGAACUGCAAAAACAGAGAAAAUUUUUUAACUUUGAAGAAAAAGUUUUUGAUACAAAUGGAAACAGAGGAAAUCACAUGGAUUUGGGUCAGCUUUAUCAAUUUUUAAGUGCCAGGGGGUGUGCUGAUGUUUUUCGCAUUUACUUUGGCAUAGAGGGACAGUAGUUGAAUAAAGUAUUCAUAGACUUUU